AUGUCUUCCAUCGGCCGCCGCUCAACCCCGGAGUAUCAGAAUGACGACGACAGGCUUCCGGCCUCACGGCAGGAGGCCAUUGACCACAUCCUCCGGAUCCGGAGGUGGCAGGAGGAAUCGGGGUUCCUCACGAGCCGGGCCUUCCAGGGGAUACUGAAGACAUGCAAUUCAGAUGACCUUGACUGUGGGGUGCACCACCGUAGGUUCACUUCACGUACGACGUGGAGAGGCGGCAUCUUCUCGUCGAGUUCAAUGAGAUAUGGCUUCAAGAAGAAGAAUGUCAGGGCUAUUUGCAGUGCGGCCGAGAGUUCAAAAAACGUUCUUCCCCAGAAAGCGUAUGCGGGGGAGCGGAGGUUGAUCGGAGAGAAGGGACUGCGCUUCAAAUCGGUCUUCAAGGUGGCAUCAAGUGUUUGGAUAAGGUCCGGGCACUAUUCAUUUCGAUUCGACCGUGAUGGAGAGCUCGGGAGGAUACGACCGAUAUGA